GAUUUUUCCUGCAAAUCAAUCUGUUUUCAAUCUCUUUGUGGAACUGGAAGGAAGGAAUUCUCAGUUGAAUCAAGUAAAAUCUUUGCCUGGGAAUUCAAUUUCGAGUAAAGCUCAGAGAAAAUGGACGAAUACUUGCACUUCAUGAAGACCUUGCGCACUCAAAUGAACGAUGUGGAAGAUCAGGCGGCGAAGCUCUCAGUGGAAGAGCAGAGGCAAUUGACCAUCAUUCAGACCUUGGAAAACGAUCUCCUCUCCGCAAAAUCUCAAAUAAGUAAACUGAAAGAAGACAUUGAGGGGAUGUUGAAGGCAAAGGGAGAAAUAUGCUCACAGAUUUUGGAGAAGCAGAGAAUGAUAGCUUCUUUGGAGAGUGAUUCAUCCACCCUUUCCCAGACUUUGGAGCUCAUUCAACAAGAAAAAACCGGCUUAUCCGCCAAACUUAUGGAGAAGAGGACUUACUACCAGAAGGUUACAAAAGAUAUGAACUUCAGGUUACAAGAACAGAAGGACUAUUUCAAUUCUCUCGUGACUAGUGGAGAAGCAGGAAAGCAUGGAACGGAAAAUGACGCAAGGAAAAAUCUAAUGGCUAAGUUGGACUCUGCUAAGGCCAAGGUGGAUGAGAUUUCAGAAAUGAAAUCCAAGCUCGUUAUGAAGAACAAAAAGGUGAAACAGGCUAUUAAGCAAGUUAACUCUAGAGCAUAUGAUUUUGAGCCACUUCUAAGGGCGGUGGAUUUAAAGACCCUGGAAAAAGAAUACAAUACACUUUUGUCAGAUAAGGCUGGAGUAACAGAGUACUUACAGUCUCUUCAGGCCCAAGUUGAUAUAUUGAAGGGCAUUUCUCAUGUUGUUAAAUGUGCAUGCGGCGAGGAAUACAGAGUUGGGACAGACCUUUGUGCAUAACAAAAGUGCUAGCGUGCACAGAACUAGGAAAAAGAAGCUAUUGACUAGAGUAAAUGACUUGCAGUUGAUAACA